AUGGAUCUUGCGAAUACCCUUAUUCGGAGCGUGGUCCGCGCAUUCUACGAAACCCGCCACAUUCUCGUUGUCGAUGCGCUCUUCAUCCACUCAGUACUCCAUGCGGAAGAUCUCGCAUUCCUUCUAGGGAUGCAGCAGAAGGACCUUCGGAAACUUUGCGCCAGACUGCGCGAAGACCGUUUGAUCUCAGUUAGCACACGAGCCGAGAUUCGAGAUGGGGCCACGCGCCCUGUCAACCGUGAAUACUACUACAUUCCGUUACACCCGGUCAUCGACGCGAUCAAAUACAAGGUGUCCAAGUUAACGUCGACGAUCAAAACCCAAUAUACGCCCAGCGAAGAACGAAAGGAGUACGUCUGCUUGCGGUGCGGCGCGGAGUGGACGGAGCUGGACGUCCUGAGCCUGUACUCGGACGAGGGGUUCGAGUGCCAGAACUGCGGGGCCAUCCUGGAGCGAACAGAAGACGUCAAGGGGACCGAGGGGAUCGAUCGCACAGGCCACGAGAAGAACAGCAAGCUGAUGGCCCAGCUAGACAUCAUGCUCAAGCUACUUAAGCAGAUUGACUCCGUCGAGAUCCCGCCCAACGACUUCGACACCGCAUGGGACCACAAGGUCGACGUCCUCCGCAACCAACAGACGAACCCGACCCGCGCGGCCGUCAUCCUACCCUCAAAACAGCAGGAGGCCGUGCGCGGCAACCUCAAGACCGACUCGGCCGCGCUCGAAAUCUCCCUCACCUCCAGCGCGGAGAAGAGCGCCGCCGAGCAAGCCGAGGAAGCCGCCCGCAAGGCCGCGUUCGAGAAGCAGAACGCCCUCCCCGUCUGGCACACGCAUUCGACCGUCUCCACCUCCGCUGGCAACAUCAACCGCGUUAAGACCGACCCGGACGCCGCCGCCGCCAUCAAAUCCGAAAUCAAGGAGGAAGAGGACAUCAAGCCCAAGAUCGAGGACCUCGACGACAAAGUCGCCGCCUACUACGCAGAGAUGGAGCGCGAAAAGGCCCUUCAGGCGCAGCGCGAUGCCAGCAGCGCAGACGAGGACGACUCCGACGACUUCGACGAGGAGUUCGAGGACGUAGGUGGCGUCUCCGCCAGUGACACGGCCUCCCCGGCCGCAAUGGGCGCGGGUGUCGGUGUUAGUGUGGGUGGUCGCACCCCCACGAGCGCGCCUACCUCCGCACCGCUCGGCAUUAAGCGCGAGUUCGACACAGAUUCUGGGACGAGUGCGCCCCAAACCGCCGUAGGAACGCCGGUCACGCCCGCUGACGAAGGACCGGCCAUGAAGAAGGUCAAGCUCGAACCCGAUGUGAAAAAGGAGGAGUCGGAUGAGGAUGAUGAGGAGGAGUUCGAGGACGUGUGA